AUGGCUGAACACAUCGCCCUUACCGGCCACACAAUUGACUGGAAUGCAACGGAAAGACUGGCCUCAUAUGGGAAAAACACAAGGAAACGGAAGAUUAUGGAAGCUGUGGACAUCCUCUUUCAAACAAAGCUGAUGAACAUGAGAUUGGACGAGAGAAGAGUCAGCGAUAAUUUUGGUUACUGCCUUGAACAGACUUGGAGAUUUAACGAAGACAUUAAAAAGAAGACAAUUGGACCCAAGACAACUAUUCAACAACAGGAAGAGACAUCAGCAAAGAGCGGCUCAUGA